AUGGCUGAGCCCCGCCAGGAGUUCAACAUGAUGGAGGAUCAUGCUGGGACCUACGGGCUGGGGGACAGGAAGGACCUCCCCUCCCAGGGGGGCUACACCCUGCUGCAGGACCACGGGGGCGACGGGGACCACGGCCUGAAAGACCUGCGGACCCCCACCAGCAACAGAUCUGAAACCGCGGGUGCUAAGAGCAGUCCGACCGCCAAAGACGCGACAGCGCCCCUAGCGGAGGAGGGAGCCCCCGGCAAGCCGGCCGCCGCUCAGCCCCACCCGGAGAUCCCAGAAGGAACCACAGCUGAAGAAGCAGGCGUCGGAGACACCCCCAACCUGGAAGACCAAGCGGCUGGACAUGUGACUCAAGGCGGCCUCCAGGAGCCCCUGCCGGAGUGGGGACCACAGCCAGGGGCCCGGGCGGAGGAGCCCCGGGCGUGCCCGGAGCCCGGCUCCCCCGGGCAGCUGCGCCCAGAGGUGGUCCAGGAAGGCGCCCUCAGAGAGCCGAGGCGCCAUGGAGACGCGGCCACGGGCCCGAGGACCCCGGGUCUGACCCGCCAGCACAUGCCCGACCUGCCCGAGGGCCCCGCAGAAUCCGCGUACCAGCCCCUGGGGACGAAGCCCGAGGACUCAGCGGGGCGUCGCUGCAGCCUGGGGCUGCUGGGGCACCAGCCUUUGGGAGGCCUGGGUCAGGAGGGGCAUCAGGGCAAAGAGAGGCUGGGGGGCGAGGAGGUCGAUGAAGACCGGGACAUCGACGAGUCCUCGCCCCAGGACUCCUCCCCUCCCUCCCAGGCCUCCCCUCCCUCCCAGGUCUCCCCAGGUCUGCAAAGCUCCCCAACCCAAGGUGGGCCAGCCCCCCAGACGGUUCCCAGAGAAGCCACUGGUACCCCAGGCUUUCCAGCUGAGGGUGCCAUCCCCCUCCGUGUGGAUUUCCUCCCCAAAGUUUGCACAGAGCCCCCGGCCUCAGAGCCCGAGGGGCCCAGCGCGGGGCCCACGGAAGGGCCGGACGGGCCCCCCGCGUUCACGUUCCACGUGGAAAUCAAAGCCAAUGUGCAGAAGGCACAGGGAGGAGGCUCCCAGGUGGACGUGGGAGGGGCUGGCGAGGACACAGAGCCCCCGAGCCCCACUGAGGGAGGCGACACCAAAAAGACUGACCUCCGAGAGCCGCCUGAAAAGCAGCCUGCGGCCGGGCUGCCCGGGAAGCCCGCCAGCCGGGUCCCCCAACUCAAAGCUCGCAUGGUCAGCAAAGGCAGAGACGGGGCCGGAGCCGACGACAAGAAAGCCAAGACAUCCACACCUUCCUCUGCUAAAACCCCGAACGGUAGGCCCUGCCUUAGCCCCAAGGGCCCCCCUCCUGGUAGCUCAGACCCUUUGAUCAAACCCUCCAGCCCUGCCGCGCGCCCAGAGCCACCCUCCUCUCCCAAACACGUCUCUUCCGGCACGCCCCGAGCCGGCGGUUCUGGAGCAAAGGAGAUGAAAGCCAAGGGGGCAGACACCAAACCGGGAACCAAGAUCGCCACGCCCCGGGGAGCGGCCCCUCCAGGCCAGAAAGGCCCGGCCAAUGCCACCAGGAUCCCAGCGAAAACCACGCCGUCCCCAAAGACCCCGCCGGGCACAGCCGCUGCCGCGCCAGUGCAGAGAAAGCCACCCCCCGCGGGGCCCAAACCUGAGCCAGGCGAACCUGGGAAGUCGGGGGAUCGCAGCGGCUACAGCAGCCCCGGCUCCCCGGGCACCCCCGGCAGCCGCUCCCGCACCCCGUCCCUGCCCACCCCGCCCACCCGGGAGCCCAAGAAGGUGGCCGUGGUCCGCACGCCGCCCAAGUCGCCGUCCUCCGCCAAGAGCCGCCUGCAGACCGCCCCGGUGCCCAUGCCCGACCUCAAGAACGUCCGCUCCAAGAUCGGCUCCACCGAGAACCUGAAGCACCAGCCGGGCGGCGGGAAGGUGCAGAUAAUUAAUAAGAAGCUGGAUCUUAGCAACGUCCAGUCCAAGUGUGGCUCAAAGGAUAAUAUCAAACACGUGCCCGGAGGCGGCAGUGUGCAAAUAGUCUACAAGCCUGUGGACCUGAGCAAGGUGACCUCCAAGUGUGGCUCAUUAGGCAACAUCCAUCACAAGCCAGGAGGCGGCCAGGUGGAGGUCAAAUCCGAGAAGCUGGACUUCAAGGACAGGGUCCAGUCGAAGAUCGGGUCUCUGGAUAACAUCACCCACGUCCCUGGGGGCGGGAAUAAAAAGAUCGAAACCCACAAGCUGACCUUCCGUGAGAACGCCAAGGCCAAGACGGACCAUGGGGCGGAGAUCGUGUACAAGUCGCCCGCGGUGUCCGGGGACACGUCCCCGCGGCACCUCAGCAACGUGUCCUCCACGGGCAGCAUCGACAUGGCGGACUCGGCCCAGCUCGCCACGCUCGCCGACGAGGUGUCCGCCUCCCUGGCCAAGCAGGGUUUGUGAUCAGGCCGCCGGGCGGUCCCUGACCGUGGAGAGGAGAGAGUGAGAGUGUGUGGAGAGAGA